AUGAGCGACCAUCACUCAGCCCUGGCUGUCAGCUCUUUUGCGGUCGCAAGCGGAGAAACCAUCACUAAAUCGACCUACAAAGGCACGAGCGGCUUGCAUGACAUGGCCAAGGCGUCUGGAAAGUACCUGGGUACGGCAGUGGACCAGGACAUGAAGGACACCGCAGCACUGAAGGUGCUUAAGAACAUUAUGGACUUUGGAAUGCUCACGCCCGGUAAUGCUAUGAAGUGGGAUGCUACGGAGUACACGCAGAACACUUUUAAGUUCGACGGUGGCGAUGCAGUCGUGAAGAUCGCGAAGGAAAUGGGUGCUCAAGUGCGUUGCCACACUCUGCUCUGGGUAUCACUCACAAACCCCUCAAUGGCUACAGACUCUAAGUUAUGA